CUGUCAAAAUAAAAUUGUCAAACUUUGCUAAAAAACCAUAGAAUUCAUGCGCCAUGCAUAGUCAUAGAGAAAGAUUCAAUGCUUAGAGAAAAUUAUAGUAUCUUAUGUUUAUAGACGUAAUUACACAAUUUACAAAUGAGUAAAAUAUUUACCCCGACAAACCAAAUCCGUUUGACCAACGUCGCAGUCGUUCGAACAAAAAAAGGAGGAAAGCGUUUUGAAAUAGCAUGUUACCGCAAUAAAGUUGUAUCGUGGAGAAACCAAGUCGAAAAAGAUAUUGACGAAGUUCUUCAAACUCACACUGUCUUUACCAAUGUUUCUAAGGGUCAAGUUGCGAAGAAGGAAGAUUUGCUAAAAGCUUUUGGAACUGACAAUCAGACAGAAAUAUGUAAACAAAUCCUUGCCAAGGGUGAAUUGCAAGUCUCAGAUAAAGAACGGCAGAGUCAGAUUGAUCAACUUUUCAAAGAUAUAGCGACAACCGUUGCAACUAAAUGUUUAAACCCAGAAUUAAAAAGACCAUAUCCAGUGACAUUGAUAGAAAAAGCCAUGAAAGAUGCUCAUUACUCUGUGAAACUAAAUCAGUCUACUAAGCAACAAGCUUUGAGUGUCAUAAAAUUGCUCAAAGAUUCCAUACCAAUUGAGAGAGCAAAAAUGAGGUUAAAAGUCAAUUUUAAUGGGAAAGAGGCAAAAAAGCUCAAGGAAAAACUGGCAAAAAUGGAAAAUGUUGAGGUUGAAAGCGAAGAAAGGGAUGAAACUGAAAUUACAUUGGUGCUGCUUCUUGAUCCAGGGUGUUUUAAGGAAAUUGAUUCUAUUGUAAAGUCAGAGACAAAGGGUGGUGCAUUUUUGGAAGUGUUGUCAUACAAGGAAGUAGUUUUAGGGGAUGAAUAUAUUUAAUAUAUUUCUAAGUGUAAUUUUUUUUCUUAAGUAUUAAUUUACAAAUAAAUGUGUCAUUUUGUUGUGUGUGGAAAUAGAUGUUUGAAGAUGAUGAAUGAGAAUGUCUGAAGGGAGUGAGUACCAUUUAUGGACAGAAGUUGUGCUUCAUUAUGAUUCUUAAAAUUCCAGUGUUCCCUUAUAUCAACAAAUUGAACCAUAAAAGUAGGAACAUAAAUUGACACGUGAA